UUAGGUGGGUUUGAGGAUGAAGAAAAUGCAGGAAGGGCUCAUAAUUUGGCAGCAUUGAAGUACUGGGGACCAACAGCUACCACAAACUUUCCUGUUUCUGAUUAUGCAAAGGAAUUGGAGGAGAUGAAACAUGAAGGAAAGCGAGAAUUUCUUACUAAACUGCGAAGGAAAAGCAAUGGUUUUGCUAGGGGAACAUCCCAAUAUAGGGGAGUUACAAGGCACCACUACCGUGGUAAAUGGCAAGCAAGAAUUGGACGAGUUUCUGGAAACAAAGAUAUAUACUUGGGAAUAUUUGAUUCAGAAGAGGAAGCCGCAGAGGCUUACGAUAUUGCAGCUCUAAAAUAUAGAGGUGCAAGUGCUAUAACAAAUUUUGAGGCGAGUCGAUAUGAUAUGGAAGCUAUAUCGAAGAAUCCUCUUCCAAUUGCUCGAGCAACAAAACGCUUGAGACGUUCUCGACAAUCAGAAAAGAAUGCUCCUGUGACUAGAAUUGAUCAACCUCAAUGCACAAAUAUGGAUAGCAGCAACUUUCAGUCCACUGCUUCAUUACCCUAUGAUCCUUUCCACCAUUUUCAUCCUCCCACCAAUACAGAAAUUGGCACAGUACAGUCUGCUGAAAUUCCAACCAAUGCAGGCACAAUAAUCGCAGGCAAUGCCACCAGCAUCUGAGUUAUUUCUUUGCUAAUUUGACUAUUCUGAUAAAUAUUGCUUGUUAGUAUCAUAUGAUAAAACCUUCUUUGUUUACAUCUUAGCUUUUGAUAUUUUCAUGCCAAUGAGACUUGAAAUGUGCAUGAAUGAAGUGAAGUGUUUCUUGAUUGUUAGUAAUCCUAAUUUUUAAUACAUGACGCAUUCUCCUGACAAUGAUA